AUAAUAAGAGAUUUCACAUGUUUAAAACAAUACAGAAACAUAACCUCCGCGUGCUAUUGGCCAGCCCCUGUGUGUCGCGCUCGUGCUCAGGAGUCGCCUGACGUCCUCUAGAGGCGUAGCUGGCUGGUUUCUGCUCAUUGUGCGACUUCGCCGAGAGAAAUUUCCGCUUCCUGCACCGAUAAACACCAACACACACACAAACCGAGCCGACACGAAGUUGAGACGCAGGGACGUAGAGAGUGAGGGAGAGAGGGAGAGAGAGACAGAGAGAGAGAGAGAGACGCGGGGAUUAGCUGCCUGGCUUUCGGGUACAAACCCUCCCGACGACUGCAAUGUUUUCACUAUCAGGCGGCGAUUAAGCAGAAAGAAAAAACGGAUCAACUUUCCGCUUGCAUUGUAAGCUAGACGGGAGCGUUUUUUACGCAUUUGCACCACACCAGGAUCCUGAAAAAACAUAAAGCAACGGAGGAGGAGGAGGACCGACACCACCAAAACCACCACUACCACCAAAAAACAGGACAAAACACACAUACACCAACGGAGAAGCAAGGCUACUACGGGUAUUCCUGCUCCCAUUAGCUCCGUGUGAAAGCCCAUUUUCAGCCUCCAGGAUGUCGGAGCGAGGAGGGCUCCCGCGGACUGGGGGCGUCCCUUCGCCGCACAUGCAGCCCUCCAAGCCGGUCAGCAUCACCUCCAACCGGCCGGUCCACAUGAACCUGUACGCUACCUGGGAGGUGGACCGCUCCUCACCCAGCUGUGUGCCGAGGCUGUUCAACCUGACUCUGAAGAAGCUGAUCAUGCUGAAGGAGCUGGAUAAAGACCUCACCUCCGUGGUCAUCGCCGUCAAACUGCAGGGCUCCAAGAGGAUCCUGCGCUCCAACGAGAUCCUGCUGUCAUCGGCGGGGCUGACAGAGACCGACCUGCAGCUCACUUUCUCCCUGCAGUACCCACACUUCCUGAAGAGGGACGCCAACAAGCUUCAGAUCAUGCUGCAGCGACGGAAGAGAUACAAGAACCGCACCAUCCUGGGCUACAAGACCCUGGCUCUGGGACUCAUCAACAUGGCGGAGGUGAUGCAGCACCCCAGCGAGGGGGCCCAGGUCCUGGGGCUCCACAGCCAGCUGAAGGACGCCUCCGUGCCCGUCGCCGAGGUCAGAGUCUACUCCCUGUCCAGCCAGCCGAUCGACCACGAGGGACCCAAAGCCAAGAUGUCUGAUCGUUCCCCGGACAUCGACAACUACUCUGAAGAAGAGGAAGAGAGCUACUCAUCAGAACAGGAGGGCAGCGAUGACCCCAUUCAUGGACAGUAUCUAUAUGACGAAGAGGAGGAGGUGAGGAAGAAGAAGCCGAGGCGUAAGCUCCCCUCCAAUGCUGCCAUCACCAGGCAACCAAACAUCAAGCAGAAGUUUGUCGCCUUGCUGAAAAGGUUUAAAGUCACUGAUGAGGUGGGUUUCGGCCUGGAGCACGUAUCCAGAGAGCAGAUCCAGGAGGUGGAAGAAGACCUGGAUGAGCUCUACGAUAGUCUGGAGAUGUACAAUCCCAGUGACAGCGGGCCGGAGAUGGAGGAGACCGACAGCAUCCUCAGCACACCCAAACCUAAGCUAAGGCCGUUCUUUGAGGGGAUGUCCCAGUCCAGCUCCCAGACGGAGAUCGGCAGUCUGAACAGCAAGGGCAGUUUGGGCCGAGACACUUUCAGUCCUCAGGGGGAGCAGCCUCCUCUGGAGAAGAUGAAACCCUCACGCAGCCGCAACCUGGAGGAGGCCCUGUCUGAAACGGACACACUGGAGCUAACAGAUCAGGAGCUGUUUGCUGAGGUGGGCCCCUGCAUUACGGUGUCAGUGGCAGAGAAACCCCGUACACCCCUGAAGAGCGGCAGAAGCGAAAGCCAGACCAUGCCGUCACCGAGACUGGAUGGAACUCACACCCCAAGACUGAAACGCAGCAGCACUCCCAUGAAGGAGAGACAGCUGUCCAAACCUCUGAGCGAACGGACCAACAGCUCAGACUCCGAGAGAUCCCCGGAGCUGGGACACAGCACGCCGGUCCUGAGGAAGGCGGUGUACGACCAGCUGAACCAGAUCUUGUUGUCGGACUCUGCGCUCCCGGAGAGCCUGAUAUUGGUCAAUGGCACCGACUGGCAGGGGCAGUAUGUCGCGGAGCAGCUCCAGGUACAGAGACACCCGGUGGUCUGCACGUGUUCGGCGGCUGAAAUCCAGGCGGUGCUGUCCGCUGUGCUCACCCGCAUCCAGAAAUUCUGUAACUGUAACUCGUCCAUGCCCAGAGCGGUGAAGGUGGCGGCGGUGGGCAGCCAGAGUUACCUGGGAGCCAUCCUGCAGUUCUUCGUCACUCAGCUCGCUAACAAGACGUCCGACUGGCUCAACCACAUGCGCUUCCUGGUGGUGCCUCUGGGCUCCCAUCCAGUUGCCAAGCAUCUCGGCGCCCUUGACAACCGCUACAGCUCCUCCUUCCUGGACGGAGCAUGGAGAGACGUGUUCAGCCGCUCUGAGCCGCCGCAGACAGACCAGUUGGAUGUGGCGGGAAGAAUCUCCCAAUACAUCAGCGGCUCCACAAUCACACACCAGCUCCCCAUCGCUGAGGCCAUGCUCACCUGCAAACACAGGACGCGAGAUGAAGACUCCUACCAGAAGUUUAUUCCUUUUAUUGGGGUAGUGAAGGUCGGUCUGAUCGAGUCCGGUCCCUCUCCGACAGGAGAUACAGAGGAGGGCGUGGCGGUGAAUUUGGCAGUCCCCUCCACGUCUCCCCCCUCCCACGGCUCCCCCACAGGGAUCAAAGAGGCGGCCACGCCACCUUCCUCCCCCUCCAUGGGCAGCGUUCUCACAGUGCAAGGGAGCCCCAGCAUGUCUCACGGCGUGGACGCCAUCGGCCUGCAGGUGGAUUACUGGCUGGCCUCGCUGGCUGAGAAGAGGCGGGAGGGCGAGCGACGCGACACGGGCUGCAAGAACACGCUGAAGAGCGCCUUCCGCUCGCUGCAGGUCAGCAGGCUACCAGGCGGGGGCAGCAACGACCCACAGGCCCAGGUCAGCACCAUGGCCAUGACCGUGGUCACCAAGGAGAAGAACAAGAAAGUUCCCACCAUCUUCCUGGGAAAGAAGCCAAAGGAGAAGGAUGUAGACUCUAAGAGCCAGGUCAUUGAAGGCAUCAGCCGACUCAUCUGCUCUGCCAAGCAGCAGCAGACCAUCCUGAAAGUGUCCAUAGACGGCGUCGAGUGGAACGAAGUGAAGUUCUUCCAGCUGGCCGCCCAGUGGCCCACUCACGUCAAAUACCUACCUGUCGGACUUUUCGGCUACAGCAAGCCCCCCUCUUAGGGUCGACCGCCCCCCGACUCCUCCGACCCCCGACUCGACCUUUGACUCUCCUCGAUCCUGUCACCCCCCCCCCCCUUUGCGCACAGAACCCCGCCUCGAGAAGACGAGUCGAGUGGCUGGACUACUUUCUUUCCUUAAUUUCAUUUCCGCUAUAGUCGUCUUAGUUCUCUUUAGGGAGGGAGAGGAGGAGUGUGGUGUUGGGUUUUCAGCGCUGUUACUAGUCACUUUAACGCCCCUUUUGGUGUGUGUUUUGUGAGUGUGUGUGUGUGUGUGUGGCGAGUGUGCAUGCACACGUGAAUGUACAGUAUGUGUGUAUGUGUGUGUGUUUACAAGGGGCUUACAGCACAAGUUUAUUAGCUAACUGCCAUUUACGUUUCCGUUUUAUGGAAUGCAACAGCAUGCAACGACUCAUCGAUUUCAAGCCCUGAUGUCUGACCCUCAACUUUUCACCCCCCUUCUUCGAAGUCCCCCGCUCACCUCGAGACCCGAUCCACACGUGCAUGCUCCGAACUAACAGAUACGCCACUCACGUGCCGGAAACAGUAACACAGAAUAGAAAGUAAUGCCAACAGGGCUUCGGUGUUUUCACACGAGCCAGUGAAAACACAGAAGAAAAAGUCUCCUCUGCUCACAAAAUGCAGUCAGAUAAAUAAAAGUCUGGUAAUGUAAUGAAUUUUUCCUCCACAUGUCCUACAUCAGUAAAACCGAUCAGCCCUUCAAAGCAGACCCAUUUGUUUCUUUUUUUUUUUUAUUUCAAGGGCUUCCAUUUAACAAUUUUAAACAUUUUUUCUGUACCAAAAUAAGUCAUUUGGAUGUCUAAUGCCAAACUUUCUUUCAAAAACAACAAAAAAAAGAAUAUAUAAAGGGGAAGUGUCUGUUUUUUAAAAAAAAAAAAUUGUGCUCUAGUGAAAAGCCUUCCCUUUAAUGCUGUUUUGUGAUGCAUAGUGUACGUUUUUUUGUGAGGAGUUUCCACGAUUUCUUUAUCUUCUUAUUUGCUAUGCACUUAUGAAUACACGUGGACCAUCUGGGUGUUUGCAGCUGGUAAAAAAAAAAACGAUUAGCGAUCUCGACAGCAGAGCCAACAGAUAGAUCCGAAACUCGGCAGCGUUGACGGGAAUAGGAUGGGAUGCGUUAAGCCCUGCUUCUCUAUGAGUAUCUACACCGCUAGAACGGGAGUUAAACACCCGCAAUAAAGCACAAUGUUGGUCGCCAGCUGUCCCCCUAAAUAUCAUUUAAGCAUUCCCAUUUCUCUUGGGGCUCCUUAAUAAGAUUUAUUUUAUCAAGAGGAAAAAAAAAAAGGUAGAUUUCAGUUAUUUUGGUACAGGUCUGCUAUAUGCUUUAUCUAGGAUGUCGUGAGGUGAUUAGUGAGUGUACAGUAACCGGUAACAAGUGUGCGUGUAUGUGGUGAAAUAAAUGUGAUGUGGUCAGAAACCUAAAAGAAAAAAAUAAAUCACUAAAUAGGA